CCCCUUUCCCCCUCCCUCCCCUGUCAGUGUCUGGCUGUGGGCCGGGCUCUGGGAUUGUGGCAGCGCGGGCGCUCUGAGCCCCCUCCUCCUCCUCUUCUCCUCUUCCUCCUUCUGCCCCUCCUCCUCCUCCAGGCUGUGCACACCGCCAGCGGGCACAUACACUCUGCCCUCUCUGCCACCGGGCUCGCACUCCACUCCAGCCCUCGAGAAACAUGGCACAGGAUCGGGGACGCUGCCCCAGCGACCGGGGCGCCGGGGAUGGCGAGAUGGACAAGUCCAGGAAGGUGGCUCUCAUCACUGGCAUCACCGGUCAGGAUGGUUCGUACUUGGCAGAAUUCCUCCUGGAAAAGGGUUAUGAGGUUCAUGGAAUUGUACGUCGAUCAAGUUCCUUCAACACAGGGCGGAUUGAGCAUCUUUAUAAGAACCCUCAGGCUCAUAUUGAAGGAAAUAUGAAAUUGCAUUAUGGAGAUCUCACGGACAGUACCUGCCUUGUGAAGAUAAUUAAUGAAGUGAAACCUACAGAAAUUUACAACUUAGGAGCCCAGAGCCAUGUCAAAAUUUCUUUUGACCUUGCUGAAUAUACUGCUGAUGUUGAUGGUGUUGGCACUCUACGGCUUCUUGAUGCAAUUAAGACUUGUGGCCUUAUCAAUUCUGUAAAGUUCUACCAAGCCUCAACAAGUGAACUUUAUGGAAAAGUACAAGAAAUUCCACAGAAAGAGACUACCCCUUUUUAUCCUCGAUCACCAUAUGGAGCAGCAAAACUUUAUGCUUACUGGAUUGUGGUUAACUUCCGUGAGGCCUACAACCUGUUUGCUGUGAAUGGUAUUCUUUUCAAUCAUGAGAGUCCCAGAAGAGGGGCUAAUUUUGUAACCCGAAAAAUUAGCCGAUCUGUAGCUAAGAUUCACCUUGGACAACUGGAGAGUUUCAGUUUGGGGAAUCUGGAUGCCAAGAGAGAUUGGGGCCAUGCCAAGGACUAUGUUGAGGCUAUGUGGCUAAUGUUGCAGACAGAGGAGCCAGAAGACUUUGUCAUUGCUACUGGGGAAGUCCACAGUGUCCGUGAAUUUGUGGAGAAAUCAUUUUUUUACAUUGGGAAAACUAUUGUGUGGGAAGGAAAGAAUGAGAAUGAGGUGGGUCGGUGUAAGGAGACCGGCAAGAUCCACGUGACUGUAGAUCUCAAGUAUUACCGGCCAACUGAAGUGGAUUUUCUGCAAGGAGACUGUACCAAAGCAAAACAAAAACUAAACUGGAAGCCCCGGGUCGCUUUUGAUGAGCUGGUGAAGGAGAUGGUGGAGGCUGAUGUGGCUCUCAUGAAGCACAACCCCAAUGCCUAAGCUGACUUCUGGUCACCGUGGGGCAGCCGAAGAAGAGAUAUGAUCGCCUUAGCCAAAGGUUAAGGCGGACGGUUCAUUUUUCCCUUGUAAUCAAUCGGUGGAGGGUAUCUGACCACGGAAGGGAGACUGACAGUUGAUGUGGGAGAGGAGAGGAAGAUUUAAUCACGUCCAACCCUGAUUCCCCACCCUACCCCAGGCCACCCCACCCCCAACCCCCGCCCAGUUUUCCAAUGCCAUUGAUUGUUUCUCCUUGUCUGGAAAAAAAAAAAUCUUUCACUCCCAGAAAGACUGUAAAAUCGAAACUGUGACCACUCCAACGCUUGAUUUCACGUUAUCUCACCAUAGAUGCUUCAUCUCAAGGAUUUUAUGUAAUUGAUAAAAUGAUUUUAAUCCCAAAUCAUCCAUUUUACUUAAAAUUAUGUUGUUGUAAAACAACAGAAAUUGUGGGGCCUUUAAAUUGUCUUCUUUUUUUCUUAUUAAACUGGUCUUUCGACA